AUGAGUCUUCUGGAGGGCUUCAACCACCGAAUUCUGGACAGCCAUCCGGGUCAACUGUACCUUCGAACGCAUCUUAAUAAUAUCCAUCGAAUGUUCUACGCGCCCGAAGACCCCGCCAAAGCAGUUGAGGAUAAGUUCAAGGACGUUGGCGUCGUUUCUGACGCUGUCUGGGCCAUGCACUGGGUUGCCCCCAGCUUUGCAUUCCGGGAGGAUGACCCACCGGCCGGGGAUAUCCUGGGUGCUCAGGUGAUUGCCUACCGUCCGUUUAUUCGACGGAUUCAUCAGUUUUCGCACUCCAUCAAGAACCAUGCUUCAAGCCCCAACUUCCCCAGCGUCAGCUCGGAAUUCAGACAGGACGUUAUUACGCCUGCUAUCCACCCGAAGGCCAGGACGGUUGGAGAUAUCGACCCGCAAGUGGUUGAGUUGGCUAAGAAGGGCAUCAAGGCCCUUAUCGAGAGUACCCGCCCCAGCGCUGCCCACAAUUCAAGUUCAAGUAACUUUAAGGCCAAAUGCAGCAAUAUGAUUGGAGAACUUGAUCAAUUACUUGAACUUGAAUUGUGGGCAGCGCUGACCCGCGCCUUCCAUGGUCUAGGAGACAAGAGGCCGAUCAUCACCAACAUCUUCGGCACUGCCCAUACUCAAUGGGGUAACCUCUUGAUCCCUUUGGCUGCUUUCCGCGACCCCGUGCUUCACAGCUAUGUGGACGAGGAACUGCUGCAGACGUUGUUCCAUAAAACAAUAAAGUUUCUGCGUCAGCCGGCAACAGAAACAAGUGCACUUCGAACGGACAUGCGCAGUGCUGAACGGAAUGAUCUUUGGAUGUUAUUGGGAUGA